AUGUCGAUGAACAGAUCACUCUUUGUCAGAGGUCUUAUCCUUGCGACGCAGUUAGCAUCCGUCGCUGCUGGAACUCUGCCCCUUCCUGCUACCACAACAUCAACUAUAAUCCCCCCAUCAACGACAACCUCCUCCACCACCACGAUACCAGUAGUAUUGCCGAGCACAACUACCACCUCUUCAUUAACGGUAACAACCUCAAGCAGCACGAGUUCGACCUCACCAACAGCYCCACCAACUUGCACAAGCGGAACAAUCCUCCCAGGAACAACAUGCACCCAAGAAUGCGGCAUCGAGCGAUCAACCGGCGACUACAAAAGCAUCGACUACACCGAACUCACAACCCAAAGCGGCUUCCAAGCCUGUGCUCGUGCCUGUAGCGACGACAAGAAAUGUCUGACCGCUCAAUACCGCAUCAACAAUCGAAUCUGCUAUAUGAAAAACUCCAUUACCGCGCCCGUUGCGAACAAGAAUAUCAACGGCGUCGUCUGCCGCACCUGUGCCCAGGGAUCUUUAAUUCCAGGAACUUCCUGUCGGCAGGAGUGUAAUGUUGAUCGUCCGGGAGGCGCACUCACUAGUUUGAAGGUCACGGGUCCGAAUCCAUUGAGGUCGUGUGCAGAAGCCUGCGUCAACAAUCCCCAAUGUCUUACUGCUGAGCUCCGCAAGGAUACAUUGAGAUGUUUUUUGAAAAUGUCGGUCAAUGAUAAAGUGGCGAAUACAAAAGUUGAUGGCGUGAUUUGCCGCUCUCCUGUGUCAUCCACGACGCCCACGUCAGUCAUGACUACCAUCACCACCACCACCACCAGCUCUAGCUCAACUACCGACUCCUCAACCACGACGGUCACUGAAGUCAUGACUACCACCACCAGCUCUAGCUCAAAUACCGACUCGUCGACCACGACUACAUCUGCGACUACUCCAACUGCUCCAGGUGCGUAG